ACAAGAGGAUUUCACCACCACCCAACAGAAACAGCAAUUAUGUCAACUAAGGUGAGGGGAGGCGCUUUUCCGGUGGAACGUCAGCGCACAUGAGAUGACACAAAGAUGCUCAAAGAGAUGCAAGGCCCAAUUAUUUUUAAUACAGCUGAAUCCUGACUGUGUCUGAAUCAAAGGACAGAGGUCAGCCAGAUGAGGAGGAUGCUUCCUCAAAGGGCAGCUGUGAGCACGCUAGGUUACAGUUCAGACUGUGCGAAGAUGGAGCAGAGUGGAAUUGCCCCGGUGGGUGGGACCAUGCUCAGGGGCUCCCGUUCUAAGGCAGAGCUACAGGAAUUGAUGGAGACGCUGCAGCGGAGGAAGAGUGCCCUGGAGGCCAGUCUGAGGGCAGCUGAGAGUAGCCGCAAGUAUUUCAAUUUGCCUUCCCCCGGCGGACCCCAGUCCAAACGGCCCCUCUCCAUCCUCAGUAACCUUGAACAUCAACCCUCUUCAUCGAGAAACUUUUCUUACAUGAGCAGCAACAGCAUGCCCCCUUCCCCUCGCCAGGGCGAGCGUCAGUUCAGCUCAAACGGCUUGCUUCGUCACCCAAAGGCUCGUCACCAGUCGCAAGAGAGCCUGCUCCGCUCUACCGAUGGAAAUUCUCCCAUCUCCUCUUAUGGAGAAGCUCUACCUCGUUCUCCUCGGGUCAAGAGCGGCACAGCCAGUGUGCCUUCGAGCCCUCGACUGGGCCGCAGACUCUACUCACAUGGUAAAGCCAUAAGUGAUUCCAGGCAGAGGAAAUACUCCACAGGUUCUCUUAACAGUCUGGGCAUGCACAGCCGCUCUCUACCCCGCCUCCACAAUCCAGCAGAUCCUCCCGUUUUAUCUCUGCCGCCUCAUCUCCACAGAGCAGAGCGCUCAGCAGUGGCUCGACGCAGUCUCUCGUCACUUGAACAACCGCCAGAUGUGACGGUACCAGCCAGCAUGCCCAAUACUCCCAGGAGGGCCAGCCUGGCCUCCCUGAGCUCUCUCGGUGUCGAGAUAGACGGACCAAGCUUAGAUGUGAGUUUUGGAGACCGGAGGUUAUCAUUUGGGAAAGGAGGGCUGAGUCCAGGACAAAGGGUGGGCAGCAUCACUUCUUUGAAUGGCAAAGAGGAGUUGCGAGACUAUCACCAGCAUCAGAGAGACGAGAGACUCAGGGAGCAGAGAGUGCACAAAUUGGAGAGCCAGCGGCUGGAAACCAUCAUGAACCUGUGCACGGAGUUUGCACAGGUGAAGCCUCAAGGUUCAGCAGUUUUUGACCUUCAGAAGAUCAAUAAAGAGCUGGAGAAACUGCAGGUGUCGGACGACGAGUCAGUUUUCUCCGACUCUCCAGGCAGCACGGCUCCAGACGGCGGCUUUGGCACAAGAGGCCGGGAUUUGCUUCUCAAUGACAAGCAGCAGGUCAGCAGUGGUCAGCAAAACAGUUACAGAGAGGUUCACUCACUGGCUCUGAGCCUUAACACCAGCGCCCCCUCACCUUCCAGCCACCACAGAGCUAAGGUGAUGGAGAGAGUGCAGCUGAAGCAGGAAGUAACACACAUUGAAGAGGAGAGGAUUCAGGUUGUCAACAAUAUUGAGGAGCUGGAGCAGAAGAUUAAAGACCUGGACAACCAGAUGGAGGAGUCCGUGAGAGAGAUGGAGGUGGAGUGCGCUUUGCUGGAAGGGGAGCAAGAAUCGGAGAUGGCUCAGUUGCAAAAAGAAAAGGACCAUUUGGACCAGCUGAAGGAAAACAUUCACAGUGCUGAGAAGAUUAGCCACACUGAGAAAGUACAGGAAGCAGAGGAGCAAGCAAAAAGCUUGGAAGAAUUGGAAUUUCAGAAAUUGGAGAGAGAGAUUCAUCAGGAUGAGGAGAAGGAAAGUCAAAAUCAGUUACUGAGAGAAAUAGCCGACUGUCAGCGUCUCGCUAUCACACGCAAGGAGAGACUUGCCACGCUGAAGAAACAGUCCUCGCAGAUUACUUUGCAGUCCCAGCAGGAAAGAGAAGACUUCCAGAGGGAAAAAAACAAUCUGCUCAUCAUGCUGCAGAAGGAGAGAGACAAGCUGGCGGCUUUGGAAGGAAAAUAUGCAGAGCUGUCUGAGAAGCAGAACUUGGCGAACGGCAAUGGAGACGUCAGAGAGCACAUCUAUUCCGCAAAGGAAAGAAGAAGAAGCGGCAAGGAAAAUUCGCUCCAUCUGAGUGACAACGGAACGCCUAAGAGGAGCCAGCACCCCGUCACUCCAUAUGGCCGAUCUCUGGGACGCUCCCUUCCGCCCAAGGCGCAUCUGCCUCUGUCACAAAGCUCCAGCUGUGGCAGCGUCAUCCCACAAGGCUUCAGCUUUGCCCCUCGAGACCUGAACGCUAGCCGUCAGCCAAAAAGCAACAGCCACACACACAUGAAUGACGGCGUGCACACCCGACAAGGAAAAAGUGAUUUUUGUAGCCGGAUGCUCUCUGAGGCCAACGUUUUCUUGGACUCUUUGUCUUACCCGGACACCAGCCAGGCUUCCGACACCGUCAGCGUGGACAGCUCUGACAGCAUAGAGACCAGUUUUUCAGCAUGCUCCCCAGAUAACAUCUCCAGUGCCAGUAUGAGCAACAUGGCCAAGCUUGAGGAGAUGGAGCGUCUACUUCGAGAGGCCCAGGUGGAAAAGUUAAGGCUACUUGAGCACAGGGAACGUGAGAUGGAAAUUCGCCGGCAUGCUUUGGAGGAGGAGCGAAGACGAAGGGAGGAACUGGAGAAACGUCUGCAGGAGGAGACCAACAGGAGACAGAAACUUGUGGAGAGGGAGGUCAAGCUCAGGGAGAAACAAAGAUCUCAGUCCCGACUUCUGACACGCUACUUGCCCGUAAGGAAAGACGACUUUGACCUUCACUGCCACAUUGAGGCAGCGGGACACAAUCCAGAUGCUUGCUUCCAUCUGGCCAUCACGGACAAAACAUGCAGAGGCUUCCUCGUAAAAAUGGGAGGGAAAAUAAAAACUUGGAAAAAGCGCUGGUUUGUGUUUGACCAGAAUCGCAGGACGCUCACUUACUACGCAGACAAACACGAGACUAAGAUGAAAGGAGUCAUUUACUUCCAGGCAAUAGAGGAGGUGUACUAUGACCAUUUGAAGAAUGCACAUAAAAGUCCCAACCCCUCGCUGACCUUUAGCGUGAAGACUCACGAUCGAGUCUACUACAUGGUGGCCCCUUCCCCUGAGGCCAUGCGCAUCUGGAUGGAUGUUAUUGUGACAGGCGCAGAGGGACACAUGCACUUCAUGGUGUAACCAAA